AUGUCCAUGCGUGUAUGUAGAGAGGUUGACCUGCGCUUCGCUAUUACUCUUCAUUUUAAACCUGUAACCAACGUCUUCUGGUGUUCACUAAACCAAUUUUUUCGUUUCCAGGUCAGUCGGUUCAUGUUUGAGGGUCGUGAAAUCAAACUCUGUCCGUCGUGCGCUGCAUUCAUCACCAUGAACCCCGGCUACGCUGGCAGAACAGAGUUGCCGGAUAACUUGAAGGCCUUGUUCCGACCAAUGUCCAUGAUGGUACCUGACUAUAAGCUCAUUGCCGAGGUGAUCUUGUAUUCUGAGGGUUUUGAAUCCUCAAAAACACUGGCACUGAAGAUGACGCAAAUGUACAAACUGUGCAGUGAACAGCUCUCCCGCCAGGACCACUACGAUUUUGGUAUGCGAGCCCUGAAGUCUGUCUUAGUCAUGGCUGGCGCCCUGAAACGCGAGAAUGCCGACAAGCCCGAGGACGUUGUUCUGAUUCGUGCUCUGAAGGACAGUAAUCUGCCCAAAUUCUUGGUCCAAGAUGCUGUGCUCUUCCAGGUGAACUUUUCUAAUAUUCUAAUACGCGGGCCAGCCAUUCUGCAGGAUCUGUUUCCUGGUGUGGUGCUGCCUGAGCAUGACUACGGCCACUUCCAGGCUGUCAUUGAAGAGGUUACCGCCUCCUUCGGGCUGCAGGUAGUUCCACAACAAGUGACCAAAGUCAUCCAAUUCUACGAGACCCUGCUGGUGCGGCACGGCGUGAUGCUUGUCGGUCCCACAGGGGGCGGCAAGACAACUGUCUACAAGAUCCUCGCGAAGACGCUGGGCAAUUUGCAUGCCGAAGGUCUGGGCGAGGAGAACCCUGUUUAUCAGCCGGUGAAGUCGUACGUGCUCAAUCCAAAGUCCAUAACAAUGGGGGAACUUUAUGGUGAAGUGAAUGCAGCUACGUUAGAAUGGCACGACGGCCUGAUGGCCUUUGUUGUGCGCCAGACCUGUGUGGACCAAACCGCUGACCACCAGUGGAUUAUCUGCGAUGGUCCCGUCGACGCGUUAUGGAUCGAAAACAUGAACACUGUGCUGGACGACAACAAGAUGCUCUGUCUAGCGAACUCGGAGAGAAUAAAAUUGACUCAGUACGUCCACAUGCUUUUCGAGGUGGCUGAUCUCGCUGUGGCUUCACCG